CUCAACAGUAGGCAGGCGGUACCCCGAUGGAGUUGUCUUCCUAGCACCAUAGGGGUGAAGGAACGACGAUUUUUACGGGUCCUUUCCCCUGAUAUAUUUGCGCUAAAUACGCCACAUCUCUUACAGACAGGGUUACUCUUUAUUGCGCUACAUUCUGAGCGACACAUGGAACGGCGCAAGCCGAGACGGGUUUUUGUUGCCUUAACAGCCAACAGCUUCCGACCUCCAGCAAAUGCUGUUCCUCAGCGGGGCUCUAUCCACAUUGGUUUUCAUCUUAGAAGAUUUUGUGUAUUCUUACCGGUCACCUUCGAAGAAAUCUCUCGGUUACGAUCUUGGAAUGUCUGGUUCUUCCUGGCCUUCCUCUUCUAGGAGUAUAUCGGAUAUUGCAUUAUACCCCACGGUCCAGGAUAAUAUGACUAGGACACCGAGGAGUAUGUAUAACGAAUAUCUAUGAAUUCACGUGUAAUUUUUCAGGGAUAUAUGUCGAGAUCCGCCUGACCAUUCCCAGCCUCAUGCAUUCAGUCC